AUGGAGGUUUCGUGGUUCAGAAAGCAGGACCUCCACAUUCUGACGCUGGGGACGCACAGCUUCACCACCGACAGCCGCUUCAAGGUGCUGCACGACGCCGGCAGUCACGACUUCAUACUGCGCAUCCAGGCUGUGAGGACGCGGGAUGCUGGCGUCUACGAGUGUCAGGUCAACACCGAACCCAAGCUCUCCUGGCCGGUCACACUCACCGUCCAAGCCCCGCACGCCAAGGUGGCCGGCCCCACCGACCUCUACGUCCAGCUGGACAGCAACAUCAACCUGAGCUGCGAGCUGCGCGUGCUGGCCGAUCCGCCGAUCACGCUCACCUGGCUGCGGGACGCGGCGCCGAUCGACCUCGGCUCGCCGCGCGCCGGCAUCAGCAUCCAGACCGAGCGCCACCAACCAGGGCAGCAGCAGCUUCCUGACGCGCUGCUGCUGACGCUGCUCAUCCUCCGACUGGUCACCCGGUGA